AUGAAUGCGUGUCUCUUAAACACACAUCAGUUGUCCAACUCACGUCUGCUUCAGAUCAUCGUCGGAGGCGGGACCGCCGGUCUUGCUUUAGCAACUCGACUCAGUCAAGAACUGCCAGAUGACUGCGUGCUGGUGGUUGAGGCCGGCCCCGAUGGACGUAACGAGCCUGGUAUAUAUGUCCCCGGACUCAGAGGAACGACAUUUGGCACCGCGUACGACUGGAGUCUGCCAACAACUGCCCAAACGGAGGCAAACAACCGCACUAUUGUGCACAACCGUGGCAGAGUCCUAGGAGGCUCAUCUGCCCUCAACCUACUGGUGUGGGAUCGAGCCAGCAUGCGAGAAUACGAUGCGUGGGAAGAACUGGGCAAUCCGGGCUGGAAUUGGAAGUCCAUGUAUCCUGCCAUGCUCAAGGCGGAGAACUUCCAGCGUACGAAUGGAACUGCCCAGUAUGGUGACAAUGGAGUAGGUUAUGGAGGCCCGAUCCAGACAUCUUUGAUCGAGGAUCCUCCUCUCCAUCUGCAAGCCGGUAUUCCUACAUUGCAGAACCUCGGCCUGGAACACAAUCUGACUCCGUUGAAUGGACAUGUUCUUGGGGCUGCAUACCACCCGGCGACGAAUUAUCUCGGAAACCACACGCGCUCGUACUCAGUGGCGUUUCUUCCCAGGGCCGGCAACAACCUGGUCAUCAUGUUCAACACCACAGUACACAAAGUCGACUUGAAUAGCAACGCCUCAAGAGCCACCGGCGUUGUCCUUACAGACGGCAGAAAACUCACCGCAAAGAAAGAAGUCAUCCUCUCGGCCGGGAGUCUGCUCUCCCCAAAGAUCCUCGAACUCUCGGGCAUCGGCCAGAAAGCCGUUCUCGCCAACGCCGGUAUACGGCAGAAGCUCAACCUCCCCGGCGUGGGAGAGAACCUGCAAGACCAUCUCCGCAUCCAAAACACAUACGAGCUGCGCCCCAACAUCACAGGGCUGGAUAUCCUCAAAUACAACAAAACCCGCGCAGCGCUCGAACUAGCGCUAUGGAAGCAGGGCGAAAAGUCCCUCUACCAGUACGCGGGUAGCUGCUUCGGGUUCCUGAAGUGGCACCAGACGGGCCCCAACGCCAGCCGCCUCCUCCAGCUCGCACGCUCCUCAGCCAACACAUCCAACAUCGUAGACCGCAUGAAGCUCUCCACACUACUAGACGCCGCCUCCCCCGCCCCAGACCUCGAAGUCGUCUUCAGCGACGGUUACCUCGGCACGCGCGGCUACCCAGCCGCCAACACCACAGGCUACGGGAAAAAAUACGCCUCCCUCAUCGCAGGCGUCAUGCACCCCUUCGCCCGCGGCACAGUCCACAUCUCCUCCCCCGACCCCCUCGCCAAACCCACUAUCAACCCCAGAUACCUAGCCCCCGCUUUCGAUCUCGAAGCCACCGCGCACGCCGCGCAGUACCUCCGCACCAUCGCCAGCACACCCCCGUUCCGCGAUCUCUGGGUAUCGGAGUUCGACCCCGGGGCUGCGACGGAGACGCAUGCGGAUUGGGUGCGGUAUGUGAGGGAGAAUGUGUUUACGUUUUACCAUCCGAUGGGGUCGUGUGCGAUGCUUCCUAGGGGGGAGGGCGGGGUCGUGGAUCCGCAGUUGAGGGUUUAUGGGGUGGGGGGGUUGAGGGUCGUGGAUGCGAGUGUUAUUCCGGUUAUUUUGUCGGCGCAUGUGCAGACGGCGAUGAUUGCGCGGCGGUAUCGGGGGGGUGGUGCGUGA